CUCGAGUGUUGACAACAGACAUGGCGUCCUCAAUGUCACUGCUCGGCUUGGGACGAUUAGCUGUGAUCAACACCGCUUCUAGGGUGUUGCUGAACCCCGUCAGGUCUACAAGCACAUCAACAUGGAGGCUGGCAGAGAAACAAGGACAAGACACACAACUUAUUACAGUUGAUGAGAAAUUGGACAUCACCUCUGUGACGGGCGUUCCAGACGAGCACAUCAAAACACGCAAGGUUCACAUCUUUGUUCCGUCUAAAACCGCCAUGCAGUCAGGAAGCAACAGCACCAAGAAGUGGAAGAUCGACUUCGACACCAGGGAGCGCUGGGAGAACCCGCUGAUGGGCUGGGCCUCCUCGGCUGAUCCUCUGUCCAACAUGACUCUGUCCUUCUCCUCCAAGGAAGACGCCGUCGCUUUCGCUGAGAAAAACGGUUGGAGCUACGACAUCACAGAGAGGAGGAGCGCCAAGCCGCGGGUGAAGUCGUACGGAGCCAACUUCUCCUGGGACAAGAGGACUAGGAGGUCCGCUAAGUAAACUGAAGACACACAUCUGCCGGUGGGCUUGACCUCCGUUUGUCCCACAGCAGACUUGUAUCGUUCUUGUCAAUAAAUGCAUAAUUAUAUACGUCUAAACCAAA